CGCCCGCCCGCGCCCCGCUCCGGCGUCCCAGUGCCGGGCGGCCAUGGCGCUGAGCGAGCCCAUCCUGCCGUCCUUCUCCACUUGCAGCCCGUGCCGCGAGCGGGGCCUGCAGGAGCGCUGGCCGCGCGCAGAGCCCGAGGACGGAGGCACGGACGACGACCUCAACAGCGUGCUGGACUUCAUCCUGUCCAUGGGGCUGGACGGCCUGGGCGCCGAAGCCGCCCCCGAGCCGCCGCCGCCGCCCCCGCCGCCCGCGUUCUACUACCCCGAGCCCGGCGCGCCGCCGCCCUACGGCGCCCCCGCGGGUGGCCUGGUGUCCGAGCUGCUGCGGCCCGAGCUGGACGUGCCCCCGGGGCCGGCGCUGCACGGCCGCUUUCUGCUCGCACCGCCCGGCCGUCUGGUCAAGGCCGAGCCCCCCGAGGCGGACGGCGGCGCAGGCUACGGCUGCGCGCACGGCCUUCGCCGCGGGCCGCGGCGGCUCAAGCGCGAGGGCGCCCGGGCCCCGGAGCCGCCUGCAUGCGGGGUCCCGGGGCCGCCCCCGCCGCCGCCCACGCCGCCGCUCAGCCCCGACGGCCCCGCGCGCCUGCCGCCGGACCGCGCGCCCUUCCCGCCGCCCUUCGGCGCCCGGCUUCGCGCGCCCGGGCCCGGCCUGCACUAUGCGGCCCCCGCGCCCCCCGCCUUCGGUCCUCUUCGACGAUCGCGUUAG